GCGGAAUAGCGGGAAAACGCUGCGCUCUGUUGAAUCCAGUACUUUGGAAUCUCUAUAACGGUUAAUUCGAAUUUAGAACGCUUUGGAACUUUUAGAAAUUGAUUUUUAAAUUCCGAAGUAUUUAUAAUUAGUUAUAGAUCUUAAUGAAUCAAUUUUUAAAUUUGGAAAUAGUUUUAAACGAAUAGUUUUUGUAAAUAGUUUAAUGAGUGUGGUUUAGUGACUUGGAUUUUGUGUAAAAUGUCCUAAUUAUUAAAAAAAGAACUAUGUAAUGUGAGGUGUCAUAAAACUUUUAACUAUAAAAGGUGGCGGUGGCGGAGGCCAAGGUGUAUCGGUAUCCACUCAGGCUGACAUAGCACAUUCGGCCAAAGGCUACGAGUCAGAGGAUGAGAACGCAGGCAGAAAGCGGCAGAGGGCCACCGACGAGCGGCCAGCCAGCCGGACCACCAUGUACUCCAAGCAGGAAUUCCGAGAGCAAUAUUGCAUCAACAACAAACAACUGGAUCUGCUGGAAUUGGAGAAGUCCAAGAAGGACAGAUUCCUCGGAUGUCUCUCACAGUACCACAUCGAGAGCCCCUGCUCCAGAGCCAAUAGAACAUCAUUUCUAUCCGUGUGCGUCCGCCGUCGGGUACCCUCGGAUGAGAAUCUCAACACCGAUUAUGCACCAAUACAGCGGUAUCCAAGGUUUGGCCAACCAACCCCAGCACCGCCCGAGUUGUGUGCCUAUGAUGCAGACCUGGAGUGCUCAUACUUUCGCCGGAGGCCACGCUCCGUGUGCAGUCAGCCUGACCCCAAACGAUACACAUGGAUGCCAGAGGAUGAAGACUUCACCCGGAUGGAGUGGCCACAAUCGGUAAUAGAAGAUAACGCGGGUUGGCCGCAGAAUUACAAUCUGGACCAAAUCGCGUCUGUAAGCCGAGGAGGCUCCCUACCUAGACCACCUUCUAUUAUACCUUGUCCUGCACACACGCCGAUUCCCCCACCGCCCCCGCCACCACCUUUAACGAUACCACCACACAGAACGAAACACGUGUCAUUCGCUCGGUCGCACACCCUGACGACAUUUGAUGACUCCGUGAUGCCUGCAGCGGUUGGAGGCAGCCGCUUCCGAAGAGACUGUGAGAGGCUCAUCGACGGAAGAGUUGUUAAGCCUGAAGCGAAGCCAUAUGCGACGCUUCCGAUAAUGUUCCAGCCGUUCUCCCCCUACCCGCAGUUCAUAUCCGCGCAGACGCCCGCGCCGAUCCACUACCCGCCGCCAAUGCCACUCCCCGCGCACCCCGCCCCGCCUAUGCAGAGGCCCGCUCAAACUGAACAACCUAAAGUCGUAGUUUUAGAUUCAAUAAAGAAAGGAGUUAUGAGAACUCAAGCUACGCAAACAGAAGUGUGCUUAGGAAGGAAACCGCUGCCGCCAAAUUAUUUGUCUUUGAGCCCUCGAACAAUCAAAAGGGUAAAAAUGGUAGCGGCAGGAGUACAGACGAAUGGGUACACGGUUGGUGCGCGAAGACUGACGAAGUCCUUCUCCGAAGUUGGAGGCGACAGGUUAGCUGGUCGAGAAAGUCAAAGUGAGAUUCCAACCACUGUUGAAAGUUUCAUCGGGACUGAUCACGAGAAACUACACAGAACCCAAUCUGAAGAACCACCUAGAUCGCCACGCUCCCCUCCGGAGAUACCAAGCUCGCCUCUCCUGCAAAGAGGAGACUCAGAUGACGUCACCUCGUCGUCAGUCAAAUCUGUCGCUUCCUCACAAGUAGACAAAUCUUCCGAACUUAGCGCAUUACAACGACAAGCUCAGGAGUACUUCCAACAAAAUUUCCAAUUUAUUCACGAAAGCGAUAGGGACGACACGAUAGACGACGACAUUGAAACGAUAGAAAAAAGUAUGGCUCUCAAUCGUAGGAAUUUAGAAUAUUUACAACAGGAAAUAGCGAAGCAAGCUAAAGGUGAUAAAUCUUUGAGAUCAAUUUUAUCUAAAAGUACAAGCGAUGCGUCUCAAAGGACAAUAUCACAUCCAUAUUCUAAAACUCCUACUUUCCAAUCUGAACCCUCAACGGAAACUUCAGCGACAACGACUGAUGAUAGUGAAAAGAAUGAAAAAGAAAUAAUCAUAGAUUUUGAACCAAGACCUGAUGAUGAAGCUAUACCGUUCACGACAUUGCGGAGGAAAAAUAGAAGAAUGUUGCAGAAAACUUUGUCGGAGGGAGAAAUUCUUUUGGAUGCACGAAAAAGUGAAAUUAGCAACGGCGAUGGUGGAAAAGAUGUCCCGCUUGUUAUGUCUACGAGUCAAGAAAAUAUGACUAGAGAGGACCGGGAAAGAGAAGCAAUUUACAGACAAUAUAUUGGACAGAAUUACACCCAAACGCCAAUCAAAGACGAGGGUAUAUUUGGAUUUGAGCCAGAUGGAUCAUUUAGUUCUUCAGACGGGAAUGGUCCAUAUGAAGAUUUUCAUGAAAAGUACAUUAAUUUCAAGCAUGAGCCAUUUAGAAUUCGAAGCGUAAGCUUUGAAGAACAAUCAGAAUCUGAAACUAAAGAGGACGAUGCUCCCGAUAAAGAAGACAGCACUGCCAAAUCCAGUCCUGGCUCACCCGAACCUGUCAGUUUAGACGUUGUAGCUGACCCAAAAGUAAAACGAGCAACAAUAUGCAAAAACGUUAUGACCAUCCUCGCUCCUUUGGAAAAAUCAUCACCCUGUGCGUCGAAUGAAUCGCUAACAGUUGAUCAUAGCAGUAAUGUAUUUUUCAGGGAUCAUUCCGAUGGCAUGUGGAAUGAAUCUCAAACGACUGUUUUGCAAGUGGAUUCCGGGACUGAAAAUGGAACUGUUAUUAGCUCUUCUGAUCUUAGUUCUCUUGCCGCUUCGCCUGGAGCAUUAGCGCUAUUGACCCCUACUUCAAGAAGAAAACAGUUGCUAAUACUUCAACACCAACAAAGAUCUUCCUUAGAUACGGACGCUUUGGAUGAGGAAUUUGACGCUUCUCAGAGUCAAUCACCAACAUCUCCAAGAAACAAACUAGAUACAGCAAGUACAAGUUCUGCACAGCAAGUUAGAGCAUCAUUAUCUCCACCUGCUGUAGUACCAAAUAUUACCUUGCCAAUCACUAAACAACCAUCAAAAAGUAUAUCACCUAUAGUUUCACCAAAAAUACAAAAUCAUACACCUGCAAUUGCAAUCACUCAUCCCAGUUUGGAUUUAGCCGACGUUCCUUUCAAACGAACUCCAAGCUUUAUUAACAAGAAAAGAGAAAGAGCGCUCAGUCCUUCAAGAAGACGGGAUUUAACACAAAAGAAAGCACAACAGAAAACACAACAGAAAGAACCGAACGGUACACUUCCACAUCAAAUUGUAGAAUCGCCUUCAGAACCAUCAUUAGCAAAAGCUGCUGGAAGUCAAACGAGUUUAGCUAGAACUGAUUCUGGCAAAAUAAAUACAACAGACGUAUCUGAAAGUACGACUACUACUGAAGAUUACGUCACUGCUAAUUCCGAUAGUUCUAAGAAAAGUAAUAAUAAGAACCAAAAUGACUUAAUACUUUCAGCUCCGGAAAACAAUAAAGCGCAAGAAGGCUCGUCUUUUGAAAGCGCAUCGAGUUUGUAUUCUUCUACAAAAACGGACAAUAUAGCUGAAGACUUAAUCGUGCCAAGUUUUUCACCACCAUUAGAAAUCAACGAUGAUUUUAUUGUGCCAAACUUAUCAUCACCUCCACUGCCAUUACCUGAAAGACUACCAAAGCUAUCUGAAAAAGUUGUAGUCAAAGCAGAUAUCACGCCAAUCACCGAACAUAAAAAGAGAGAAAAGACUGAUAUUAAACCUAGGGAAGAAGCGCCGAAACCUAGCACAAGUAGGGGAACAAUAAGCGGAAAGAGUAGCUCCAGUGGAAGCUACAGUAUAGGUGGUUCAAAUCCUAAUGUCACUGAAGAUACAGACAAAACGCCGACAGAAAAAUUAAAAGAUCUACCAGAAAAAGUGGAACCUGUUGUAAAGAAAGAAGAUAAAGUGACUAGUCCCAUGCAUGAUAAAGAACAGCUGGUACCCAAGAUGAUGGGAUCUCUUUCGGAUGAUGAGAGAAGUGUUCAUUACUCUUCUUCCGGAUAUUACGAAAGUCCUGUUGAUGAUGACGAUGAUGGAGGUUUGACUUACAAGCAUUCACAAAAAUAUAGAUCUACUUCAAGACCAAAGUCUUGGCUAGCAGAAGAUAAAAGAAGAAAAAAGAAAACAGCCUUUCUUUUAGAAUUUUCCAAAUCUUACGACGAUUCAGUUUCAACAUCACAAGACGAUUGGGUCAAGAAAGAUAAAGAUCCCGAUAGUCAUCGCUCAGAGCGCAUUUCUUUCAAACCUACAAGUAUCAAAUCACCGUCGGAAGAAAAAGCUCCGGAGGUUAGGAAAAAGAAAACGCAUUUUGCCGAUAAGCCAAAGAGCGUUCAAUCUUCUCCAAGAGAACCUAUUGAUGUUGAAAAGGCUAUUAAAGAAAAAAAUAUGAAAGAAAAAGAAGUAGAGAAACGACCAAUGGAAAGAGAACGCUACGUUAAGAGAACUAAAAUGAAGGCGAAAAGUCCCACUCAAAGUAAGACAGUGGAUGGCGGACAUUGUUAUAGACCACAACAUUACGAUAGAAGGGAGAGUGCUGUAAGUGCUAAUUCCAUGAAAUUGCACCUUAAUAUCCCAACUUCAGAUGAUUCUAGUGAGCAGUAUCGAAAAGAAGGGCCAAGUAAUGGAAAUGUAUCUCCCAGAAAACAUAGGCGCUUACGAGAUAGCCCAAGAAGGAAAUCUGGCAAUAAUUCUUCAUUAGCUAAAUCACCUACUUCAGGAAACAGUCACGCUGUUUACAGACCUCGAAGGAAAAGCGGCUCCAACGAAAGCAUAUCACUCCCCGGCAGUUUGCCUCGAAGAAAGCAAUCCAUACCAACAGUGCCGUGUCUCAGUUCUCUGGAAGCCGAGGAUAUUGAAACUACCCGCACAUUGACCAGUGCAGGGUCACGCUUGACUCCUCUACGUUAUGUCAAGAGUCCCACGUCCUCUCCUAGACAUCAACGGAAAGACAAAGAUGGCAAAUUUGCAAAAGCAGCAUCAGCUGAAUCUCUCCGUUCCGUAUCUCCAGGUUCUGAUUCAGUGUUCUACUCAGAACAAACUGAACACAGCAUGGUAACAGCCGAGUGUGAAGCCAAGGCUCACUGUUUACACUGUGGGAAAGAAGUCCAUAUUGUGACUGCGGCCCAUGACCAUGACAGUCGGGCGUCCAGGACUUCUCACACGGAUGCUAGCACGGAAUCCUAUGCAGAUGCUACACCAGACAUAGUUCCUGCACCAGCAGGCUUUGCAGAUUCGCCAUCUUGUAUGAGUUCUAAAAAGCAUUCCAGUGGGGCCCGACUUUAUAAAAAAUUGGAGAAGAGAUACCGCUCUGAAGACAAAACGCGACAUCAUUAUCGACAUAGGCAGGAUGUUCGAGCUAAGUCUGAAGAAAGAGGUAAAGAAGAGUAUGCAGCAACAGAGAAACCACAGGACACUCGGAUCGCGCGGUCAGCUGGUAACAGCCUUGAUAAGUUAGCUGGCUCCAGUAACGAUCCUGACGAACAAGAAGAAUGCUCAAACAGCUCAGAAGGGGCUGAGGGAGGUAAAGAAGAGAGGGGGGUAUACGCUGCGCCCUGGUGGUGUGGCAACUGGAUACUGUUGUCUGAAAACGAUGAUCACUGGACCAGGAUUCCACCAGAUGUAAUAGACACAGUAGAUGGAGGUCAAGAAGACCCGACAGAGUCCGAAACAGAAUUCAACAAGAGGUACGUCGCCCUGACGCAUAGACUCGUCCACCGAAGAGCGUGCAUCGAGCUUAACCGAAGACAGGGUGACAACACCUUCGAAAGCGACAAGACAGUAGUGGUAAGACGAGGCAAUGAGGAGUUUGGGUUUAGGAUUCACGGCAGCAAGCCAGUCGUGGUGUCAGCGAUCGAACCCGACACGCCGGCCGAGACUUCUGGUCUUGAAGUCGGAGAUAUCGUCAUAGCUGUUAAUGGGAUCAAUGUUUUAGAUAAGACACAUUCUGAAGUGGUAAAAAUAGCCCAUUCCGGUUCGGAAAUACUAGAAUUGGAGGUUGCCAGAACAUGCGAAGUGGUAGCGUCUCUAGCCCAUGAGGGGGGUCCAGCAGCGCUGUACUCCGGGUACCUAUGGAGAGCGGCCCCUCUCCGACCCCACCACCCCCCUCGGUGGACCCGCCGCUGGUUCGUCUUGAAGAGGGAUAACUGCUUAUACUACUAUAAGACGGAUUCUAGUAUCCAUCCAGUAGGAGCACUAAUGCUGGUCAACUACCAGCUGACAGAGGAAGAUACGGGUAGGCCUCAUGGGUUCCGACUGCAGCGCGGCGGCGGGACGCGGUUGCAACUCGCGGCCGACACUGCCGAGGCGUCCGCUAGAUGGCGCGCGGUGCUCGCACACGCUAUUGAUGCUAGUAACCAGCGCGACGGUUGGCUAGAAGUGACAAUGAGGAACAUGAAGCUGCCACCAUCUUCUAUUCCUCGACCAGACUGCUUCGGCUACCUGAUGAAGCUUGGCUCCAAAUGGAAGUCCUGGGCCAAACGCUACUGCGUCCUCAAAGAUGCUUGUCUUUACUUCUACAAUGAUGCUAACAGUAAGAGUGCAUUCGGUAUGGCUUGCCUCCACGGCUACAGAAUCCAGACGUGUGCACCAGGUGGAAAGAAAUACGCCUUCGAAGUGAUGCCCACAGAGCCCAAACAACGACACUUUUACUUCCACACUGAGUCUGAAAUGGACAAGAAACGGUGGAUGGCAGCUUUGGAAUACUCCAUAGACAGAUGGAUGAAGGCCGGUUGACGAAGAACCAUUACCAAAGACGAUUCAUUUGAUUUCAUAUGAUUUAGUUCCAUUAAAUUUAUUCCUUAUUUA